UUAGUAGGAGUAGGAGUACCUGUUACUCAACUCAACCAAAAUAAUUUUCCAUUAGACCAAAUACCAAUGCAUAAAGUAUGAGACAAAACUAUUAGCAAAAUUAUUAUUAAAUCAGUAAUAAAGAAUAUUAUACGCAUGCGUUUUUUCAACGCAUACGAUCAACAAAUCAUAGAAAGACCCUUUAUUUCACUUGACCAAUUAAAAUAUGACGUCGCGUACCACCGUAAGGCUCACAAAAAUUACACAAAGGAAUUAUCGAAAGGCGGGAUUACAUGAUUCACGAAUCCCUUCGAGCUUCCGCAAUCAGAUACCUAUACAUGUCUUUAAACUGAAAAACAGCUAUGUAGAAAUAUUCGACGAUGACUUCGACAUAUUGUAAAUAUAGUGAGUUGAUAAUUUUCAACAGCGUGUAAUUUUUCCAAGUGUCCUUUGUUUUUCAAUCAUUCAUGUUUUCAGACCGCGACGACGAUUCGGAUUUAUGCCCUAUGAAAUCAUCGCCACCAUGUACAUCAUCCAAUAUGGUACUAUUACAUAAUCAGACUUUAGCUAACAACACGUUUUCGAAUUAUCGAAGGUCGUCGAUAGUCGAUGAAAGUAAUAACUUCGAAUUCACCGAUGAACUGGACGCAUUUUCGGAGCUUUCGUUUAUGCCAAACUCGUCGUAUAAUUUUAUGGACGCUACUCCAUUGCCUAGUUUUCAAGAAACGUAUUCGAACGUAGGAUUCAAAGUCGAAAACGAAACAUUUUGCGACGUUCAACUUCCUUUGCAAUCUAAUCAACAAUCGCAUUGUUUACCAAUACGCAACGACGUUCAAGAAAAUAUGUUUUUCCCGCCGCCUCAGUCUUGCAUGGGUGCUAAUGAAAUGCAAACUCCUCCUCGGCAAUUACCAACCGUAUAUCAGGGUCAUUCCAAUAUGUACGCGGCAAAUCUACGAUCGCAGCCUGCAUUUGAAGGGGUGGAAAGCGUGAAAAUCGAACCGACCCAUAAACACGCUUCGUCUUACGGUUAUGAUAUGUUCAGUGGUGAAAAUGCUAUGAUGCAAAGUUACGAUAUGAAAAAUCGUCAUAAUAACGCCGCCACGCAGACAUAUGCUUUACAAAACCAGCAUCGUGAAACGAAACCAAAAUACACUUCAGUCAAUACGAUGCAAACAACUUACGAAAAUGUUUCCAUCACACCAGUCAAUACAUCUCGUCCGGUGAAUUACUACCCAAAAACAACUCGAACUGAUUUACCCAAUAUGUCCGCAAAUCCCAUAACCUCUCACAGUGAAACUACGUCAUCUACCAAUCACAAUCGAGAUUACAUGUCCAAUUCACACAUCUUGCUGCAUACCCCUGCAACCCAAUUAUGUGCUGUCUGUGGAGAUACAGCUGCUUGUCAACAUUAUGGUGUUCGAACCUGCGAAGGAUGUAAAGGAUUCUUCAAACGAACUGUACAAAAAGGAUCAAAAUACGUAUGCUUGGCCGAUAAAUCAUGCCCGGUAGAUAAAAGAAGACGUAAUCGAUGCCAAUAUUGUCGAUUUCAAAAAUGCUUAUCCGUCGGUAUGGUUAAAGAAGUCGUUCGAACUGAUUCUUUAAAAGGUCGUCGAGGUCGUUUACCUUCUAAACCCAAAUCACUUCAACAACCCAGCAAUUGUUUAGCCAAUAAUAUACUAUCGUCUAUGAUUCGGACACCGAUUGAUAUUUCACCCGAAUUAGUUGGUCUGAAUUACUCGCAAGUUAGUUAUUGCUCGUAUAACACUGACUCGACUUCGUCUAGUGGUAUGAUGAAGUAAAUUAAAUUAAAUUAAAGUAAUCAUCUGUACCUAUCUACGGGUGCUUACAGGUUGACAUUUAUUGGAAUGAUCAACGUUGCUGUUGUUUCAGUAUUUUUUGUUUAAUAAUGUGCGAGAUGUGCCCAAUUGCCCAUGUUAUGUAUACCUAUAGGUACCCUAUACCUAACCUGUACAUACAUUAUGAAAUUAGGUACCUUUAUGAUUAGAUUUGUUGCAUUGAAAUAAGUUAUUAUUUUUACAUUAUUACGAAAUUACAUGAUUUCAGUUGUUUAUUUGAUUUGCAAUACAUUUAUAAAUAUAAACAUCCUAUAAUUUUCUUCAAUUACUUCCUUUUUCAUAUUUUUGGACAAAUUCGUGAUUUUUUUUAAAAGGCCAGGGUAUCCAGGCAGGAAGUGAAAAAGUCGCCCCCAGGACAAUAAUAAUACGGGCUGUCUUAUCAUAAUAUCAUACCUGUAUAGAUAGAUAAAAGCUUCAAUUAUUACUUGAUUGAAACAUCUGAGGUGUGAUUGUCCUGGGGGCUUCGCCUCCAGACCCCCAUUCACAUAUAUCCUCUAGGUUUUGGAUGUUCAGCUUUGUGAAGGCACAAUUGUGACAAGUGAAGUAAUGUAAUAUGUUCAAUUGAACCCUAAGUAGUU